AUGUGGAUGUGCGGAGACGAGUCGCGGGGGAGGCUGCUGGCGCUGUGCUGUGUGCAGAUCAUGAUCUCAUUAUGCCUGGCUGAUCACGAUGAUGACGACUGUGAUGGAAAAGUUUGUUCAGCCACAAACUGGGUCAACCUGUGGUAUGUCUGGCUGAUUCUGGUCACCAUAUUUCUUCUCCUGCUGUGUGGGACCACAGCCAGCUGCAUAAAGUUUUGCUGCAAAAAGAAGAAACCGCCUGUGCAAAAUUUACCAACUCAUCCCUAUGAAGUGACUGUGAUUGCCAUUGACAAUGACAGCACCAUUCACAGCACAGUCACCUCUUACAGCUCAGUGCAGUAUCCUCAUAUGUUUGCAUUUGGUGAUAUGGACAGAAGUGCAAUGUCACCACCAGCUUACAGCCUCUAUGCUCUAGAGCUCCCUCCAGCCUAUGAAGAAGCCAUAAAAAUGGCUAAGCCCAGUGGGGAUGUUGGCACCUCUGUUGCUGGCCCAAAACUAGAGGACAUCAGUGAACAAGAUGGACCUGAAGAGGACCAAGAUCAGCAGCAAGCCUCCUCAAAUGACACAGACUCACCACCUCACUAUGAGGAGACUGAUAUUACCCAACCGCAGGUCCACUGA